AUGGUAACACUCCUGAUAAUUUUGGCAGUGUCUAAUGGAGGACACACCAGCAGCAACUCCAGUCAGCCAGCUGUGAUUGAAAUGUCUCCAAGCACUCCACGAUUGGCAACAAUGCCAACAAUGGCACCAACCACCUUUUUGGAAUCACUCAAUCUACCAGACUAUACCCUAUCAACUAUGGAACGAGCACAGUCUCCUCAGUCCAAGGCAUAUCAAUGGCUGAUCCAAAACGUCAACAAUAAAACUUCCAUACUUCAGGAUCUUCCACUUUGGAGACUGACACAAAGGUUUGCUCUGGCCACAUUCUACUAUUCUACAAGAGGAGACCAUUGGGUGAACCAUCGUGGAUGGCUCGACUGGGAGACCAAUGAAUGUGACUGGGAACAACUCUACGUUUUUCUAAGUAGCGCUCCAGAACGGAUCUGCAAUGAGAAGGGAGAAGUCACAUCAUUGUCAUUUGAGAUGACCAACAACCUGGAGGGAACAAUUCCUCUAGAGGUAUUUUUGCUCGGGAACAGUCUCGAGUCUUUCUCGUUGUUUCGACAAAUGGAAGUGACAGGAAGAAUCCCAACUGAGGUCGGACUGCUGACAAAAUUGACUCGAUUACUUUUGAGUGGGACAAAUAUUGUCGGCUCCUUUCCAACAGAGCUUGGUCUGCUACAAAGUCUUGAUUCUCUCCAAAUCUCUGAUACCCACCUUUCUGGGCGAAUGCCUUCCCAGAUUGGACUAGUCAGCAAUCUAUCGGAACUGACUUUGCAGAGAUUAGAUCUAACUGGUUCAGUGCCUGGUGAGGUAUACCAAUUGCCAGGCCUAAUGGCUCUUACAAUACUGGAGUGCGGUGGACUUGACACUGAAACUCUCCUUCAAGAAGCAAUCAGCAACUCACUACCACUUCAUUUCCUGAUGCUAUCCAGCCGAAGGGCUGGGACAGUAAUGUCAUUUCCAUCCAAAAUUGGCACUCUGAGAGACCUUGGGUUCCUAAUUUUGAAUGACUGGAAAGUAGAUGGAACUUUACCCAAAGAGCUAGGGUUCUUGUCUGAGUUACGUUCUCUGGAUUUGCAUGGCAACUCAAUCUCUGGAACUAUGCCACUGGCCAUAUUUGAGUUGACCAAUCUGCUUGAAUUGAAUCUUGGCUUCAACCAGUUGCAGGGCACACUACCACCUGAUCACUUUUCCAUACUUACAAACCUGCAGGCAUUACUCAUCAACGACAACUUGAUCUCGGGCACUGUUCCUACAGAAGUGGGCGAACUGUCUGGUCUCAGGAAACUAGAAUUUCAGAAUACCAACCUUUCGGGCACCCUCCCUACAGAAAUACUUAUGCUGGAGAAGUUGACCAGCUUGGUACUCAAAAAUACGUCCCUGUCAGGCAGCAUCCCUGAAGAACUGUGUAACAAGUUAACCCAACAGGAAAUGAAAUGCUAUGGCAAUCUAUGUAAAGACUUGCUAGUGAAAAGCAGCACAACAGUCUGUCAUGGAACUUCCCUGUGUGGCUGCGACUGUGGUCCUUGCCAGAAUUGA